UCACUUUCUUUUGAAUAAGAUGUGAUUUUUUUUUUGGAAAUCAUGAUUUCAAAUUCUCAAAUGCUUUCUCUUCCUUCACAACAGCCUUUGGUUUCAUCUUCUAAUGAUCAUCAUGAAACCCUAGAUAACCUUCUUUCUUCUUAUUCCCAAUCAAGCAACUCUCUCCUUUAUAACCUCUCAAUUUUGAAGGAGAAACUCCACCAAAUCCAAUCUAUAGUCAACAUCUCUAUCUACAACCUUCAACACUCAACCGAAUCUCUACCCUCGACCCUGGCCCCGUCGCCACCGCUAGUGGCGACGACUACCACCGUCAAUUCUUUGAUCCAAGAACUCAUCAUGGCUGCUUCCUCCAUGUUGUUCACAUGUCAACAAAUGGAUAACCUCGUCGGAAACGCCUCCCUACACAACAAUAGUGUUGAUAACAACCUCCACGGUCAACAACACCACCACCACCAGCAGCGUCAAGGUCCCGUUGACGAUGACAAUCGACGAUCCCUUUUCAACAUAGCCAACAACCAUCAUCACCAACAUCAAGAAUGGUACAAUACGACAUCUACUAAUUAUAACAACGACAACAACAAUAGUAGAACAAUGACAACAAAAACAACACAUGACCAUCGAAAUUCGAUCAAUAUCAUCGAGUUAGACGCAUCGGAUCUUCUAGCAAAAUACACUCAUUAUUGUCAAAUUUGCGGGAAAGGGUUCAAGCGAGACGCAAACCUAAGAAUGCACAUGCGAGCGCACGGGGACGAGUACAAAGCAAGCGGGGCAUUGAGCAAUCCAGAGAAGAGCCAUAGAAGGGACUUGAAUAAUAUAAGCAAGAUGGGGACUAAAUAUUCAUGUCCACAAGAAGGCUGCAGAUGGAAUCAAAAACAUGUGAAGUUUCAGCCAUUGAAAUCACUGAUUUGUGUGAAAAAUCACUUCAAAAGAACUCAUUGCCCCAAAAUGUAUGUUUGUAAACUGUGUAGUAGGAAGAAAUUUUCAGUACUUUCUGAUUUGAGGACUCAUGAGAAGCACUGUGGGGAUGUGAAAUGGCUAUGUUCAUGUGGAACAACAUUUUCCAGGAAAGAUAAGCUGAUGGGUCACGUCGCUUUGUUUGUCGGGCAUACUCCGGCGAUCGGCUCGUUGACAAAAUUUUUGGGAAAACAAGAACAUCAGUAUGUUCAUUCAUUCUAAUGAAUUUCACUGAACUAUAUGAAAUUAUAUAUAUCCUUGUAUAUAUGCUAUGUAUGGAGGUUUUUCCUUCUGUUUUUGUUUUUGUGUAUAAGUUUAGGAAGAUCUGCUUUGUUGGGAGAUGAAUUUGCUUUAACUUUCGGCUAAUAUUGAGUGGCUUAUUGCGUUAUGUUUGUUCUUGUUUAACUUGAU